AAUCUGAGUCCGGCUCCGAUGAGAACCGUUUUCGCCGUCGUUUUCUUCUUUGUCUAUGCACAUCUCGGAACUCUGAGUCUGCGUACACUCUCCGACGACCCAUGCGACAGUACCAAGCUUCCGGACCCGCGAAAGCUCCGAUCGGAUCAGAUUACGGUUCUGAUGAACGGCUAUUCCGAGUCCCGCAUCCCUCUCCUCCGCUCGAUUGCUGCCACGUACGCCGCGUCCCCUCCAGUAGCGGCGGUGGUCAUCCUCUGGGGAAACCCCUCCACUCCAACGCGAACCCUCGCGGAACUCUCCCACAACUUCACGAUCGCCUACACCGGCGCGGCACCGAUCUCUCUGGUCCGCCAGGCAUCAGACAGCCUCAACGCGAGGUUCCUCCCGCGUCCGUUCAUCACGACACGUGGGGUGAUCAUAUGCGACGACGACGUGGAGGUGGACCCCAAGUCUAUCGAGUUCGCGUUCCGAGUCUGGGCCUCGAACCCCCACCGCCUGAUCGGGCUGUUCGCGAGAGCACACGAUCUGGACUUGUCGAAGCGGGAGUGGAUCUACACCGUCCAUCCGGACAAGUACUCGAUCGUGUUGACCAAGUUCAUGGUCCUGAAAACCGAAUAUUUGUACAAGUACAGCUGCGAAGGUGGGGCCAGGAUGAUGGAAGCGAGGAGGGCCGUCGAUAUGGCGCAAAACUGUGAGGACAUACUGAUGAAUUUUGUGGUGGCGGAGGAAGGUAAUGCGGGGCCCAUGCUGGUGGGAGCGGAGAAGGUGAGAGACUGGGGAGACGGGAGGAAUGAUGAAGGGCUGGGAUUGAAGGAGAGGGGUGGGUUGAGUAGUAGGAGAGGGGAACACAGGAAGAGGAGAGGGGGGUGCAUAGGGGAUUUUCAUAGGAUUUUGGGAAGAAUGCCAUUAAGGUAUGGUUAUGGGAAGGUGGUUAAUUCCAUUGCUGAGCAAGGUUUGUGUCUGAAAGAUGGCAAGUUAGUGUUCUGUGAUCAAUGGCCAUAGAUAGUUUGGGAAAAUAUCUAUAUCUAUAUCUGUACUUACGAGUUGUUUUUCAUUUUUUUUAUUUUCAGAAA